AUAAAAAUCUUCAACUGUACGCUCAUAGCCUUGGGAUAAACAAUAAUGCGCGAUUCCUAAGUAAAAAAAAAAUACUAACUUUUUCAACCGGAGGUGUUCCACACAAAAAUUAAAAAUUUUUCCUCAAUAAAGAACCAGUAGUUUAAGUAUUUUGAUGAUGUGACAGUGUAUUGUUUAUAUGCAGCAUACCUUGGGAGGCAAACCAACCGCCUUUAACACUUGCUGGUGGUCAAGAUAUUGCUUAUCGGAGUUUAAAAUUUUUGCCAUUUGACGGCAGACAGAUACCUCCAUGAGACCCUCAAAUCAAUUGAAACAUUGGGCUUUCUUAAGCUUGAACGUAUCCAGGUUGAAAAGGCUUUCUUUUGAUCGCAAAAGAAGGCGCCUAACGUUAGCUAAUGCAUGUGACACGGUUUACGGAUCUCCGUUGCCUCAUUUUCUUGUUGACUACCGAUCUAAGGAGUCUAAGACUCGCCUCUGCCGUGCUCUGCAAACUGGUUAUGCUGUUCCUUAUCUAUCCUUGUCUUCGUGCUUUGGUACUCAAAAUGAAUCUGGUUAUUGCGGAGUUAGUACCUUAGUAAACAUCCUAAAUGCCUUGCGAAUAGAUCCUCAGCGUAAGUGGAGUCCUCUGUCAGACUGGCGAUGGUAUACUGUGGAACUUCUAGAUUGUUGUCGUUCGCUAAAAGACGUGAAAAAAUCUGGAAUAAAUUUGGAUGAAUUUGUGUGUUUGGCAAACUGCAAUGGAGCAGUAUCGAGACUUGUUCGACCAAAUUACUCGAAAGAACAUUAUGAUAAGUUUAUUCACACUUUAGAGCAAGUUUGCACUGGUGGUAAGGAGUCUAAUGAAGAACUUUUCGACGAAGAACAUCCAGAGGAGCUUAUGGCAAUUUCUUUUUCUAGAGAAUCUCUUAGGCAAGUUGGAGAAGGCCACUUUAGUCCUAUUGCCGCCAUGGAGAAAGAAUCAAACUCUGUGUUGGUAUUAGACACGGCAAGAUACAAAUACCCGCCAUAUUGGGCUCCUAUUAAGAUGCUUUUCCAAUCCAUGCUACCACUGGAUAGUAAAACUGGAAAAAGUCGAGGUUAUGUGGUUUUGAAGGCAAAACAAGAAUGGACAUAUGGAAGUGGUUGCCUAAAUCAUGGCAAAAAACCAAUUCAAUUUUCUUAAGUAAGAAACACAGUCUUAGUAUGAGUGAUAACAAAGUCUUAAGCUGAUGCUAAUUCGACUCUUAGUUAAAUUUUAAUUGCCCUUUCAUGGUACCUGUUCAGUGAGCGAAAACGAAGUUUGUUUGUUGUAGAAAUGUCCUAGUAUUCAUUCCCAAUGUUACUUUACUUUAAUCGGUAUUUUCUCAAUAAACUUAACACAUAUACAAAGCUGAGGGGAAGGCCAAGAAACAGGAACAGGUUCCCUUACAAAAGGCCACCC